GUCCGAGAGUCGGAGCCUCCGAAGGAAAAUGGUGAAAUACGCUAGGGACAAUCAGAUGCGGAACGAGAUGGAAGACGCCAUUUUGCGGAAACGGAGGUCUGGCGAGUACAAUCCAGACGAAAAGAAGGAGAAAAAGCUGAGACAAAAGUACGGUUUCCGCUUACCAGACGAAAAAGGGUACAAUGAGUAUUGGCAGCACCGCUUGCUUGGUACGACGCCAUUGUAUUUGCAGAAAAACCUAGUGGAUUACACGAACGUCGGGGAUGCGAAGUUUCAAGCUGCGUACUUCACAGAUUGCGGCAAACCAGUUUCGAAGCGUCAUCAUCCGUACAUUGUCUUCAAGAAGCCAGUCCAGCAAGUGCAUUUGCGUGUUCGAGACCACUACCAUCCAGAAAGAAUACUCUACGAUGCAGAUUUCUUGUUUCAGGAACCCUCGAAAUAUCUGGACGAAACGAUGCCUGCGAUUCGAGGAUGGAAGGGGAGUGGGGGCUCUUUGGGGAUUGAUUUAUGGUGGUGCAAUUGUAGCAAUGGUGGUCGUCACUACAACUACUUAGGUCAUUUACUUAUCAUUGAUAAUAUUCUUUUUCAAGCUCGCUCCACACCCGCAGCAGGCGGGUUUUCUCAAAUACAAAUGAUUUCAAACAUUUAUACGAAUGUUCUCCUAUAGUUGGUGAUGCAUCUUUUGUAUCCUCUCUUCAUAUCCCAACCUUCUGGCAGACAGCGGUGCACCAGCUUUCGCAACCGAGAAAUCAGCAAAGGCGGCAAAGGCAGUCAAACUGA